CUCUGAAAACAAAACUGAGGGUUACGUCAAGCGCAUUUUUAAUUUAGUCGAGAAACUUCAAGUUAUUCUACUGGAUUAUUUGGUAUCAAACGAAGGGCCGAGUAUGAUCGAAACGGAAAUGCUUUCAAUGAGUUUGGAGAAGGUAUCUGCCUACGCUUUAGGAAAGAAAGAAAGCGAGCUAAAAGGUGCUCGCUUUAAACCUCCGUCAGGCUCUGCCUUUGGCUUAGGCGAUGUUCUGUCAAAUCCCAACAAAAGCUAUCUUCACGUGCAACCGAUCGCUAUCGAGCUCACUUUGUUUGACAAAAAUCCUUUCACUUGGGACAACUCGAGUGAAAAUGUCACGUCCAACGUGAUUGAUAUUGUAGUUGAAUCAAAGAGCCUGAACAUGUCAUCUUCCAACCUUACAGAAGAUAUUACUCUUACAAUAACCCGAGAUCCAUCAUUGAUUAAGGAUGCAAACAAUUCGUUCUACCUAAAACCUCUUGAGUUGAAUGAAACGAGCAAAACAAGAGACUAUUUGAAGUUUCAUUGCUUUACUCGACGGAGUAACUACACUGCCAUGAAUUUCGAAAUGAAACCUGAAGACGUUGGAAUUUCUUAUAAUGUAUUCAUGAAGAAAGGUGGAAAACCCGACGUCAAAGCAGGAGAUUACGAGUUCGUUUACAAAUUGCCAGACUUCAGUACUUGUAAAGUUGGUAACGACAGCGUGUAUGCAUCACAAUCACAGUCGGGAAACGCUAAACCUGUUCAUAUUGACCCAACAAAGUGUGCAAAAGAUCUUUACACAGUGUUUGUAUCGAAUUUGGAUUUCAACGGUACUGGGGAGUACUGUUUCGCUGUACAACACACUGAACAAUUUCAUAAUGAAACUUACCCUGAUCCAGAGUCGUCCUUCAGCUCUCGAAAUCGGCGUUCAGUUUCCUGUGAAGUUGGCGCCAGACGUGUUCGUCGUUCGUGUGUCAUUAUCCCCCCUGCCCCACCGAAGCCAACUGACCCUCCUGGAAAGCUUAAGAUCCUCGUGGCCGACAAUCUAGGCUUUGAUGGCAAGUUCUUUCAUCCCAACCAAACACCGAACUACAACCUGACCAUGUUCGAAUCCAGCUGUAUAUUCUGGGAUGUUGUCAAUGAGACAUGGAAAGGUGAAGGCUGCAAGGUUGUAAUAGGAACGAACAGAGAACAAAUCCUCUGUUCCUGUAAUCACUUGACGUCGUUUGGAAGUGAUCUUCUUGUUGCUCCAAACCCAAUUGACUUCGACUCGGUCUUCAGUAAUUUUGGCAGUCUUUCCAACAAUGUUGCUGUGCUGGCUUUGAUAUCGACCAUUCUUGGUUUAUACAUCAUUGGAGUGAUCUGGGCAAGACGAGCGGAUAAAAAGGAUUUGUUAUUGGUUGGUCCAACGAUCCUUCAAAAACCUCGUGCAGACUAUCACUACCUCAUCACCACCGCCACAGGUAGCAGACAGGGAGCCGGCACUACAGCAAGAGUUGUGUUUACGAUGACAGGCGACGAAAACGAAACACUACCAGUUUGGUUACACGAUCGAGAAAGGCCAUGUUUCCAACGAGGUCAAACCAACUCUUUUGUAGUUUCAUAUCCUCACGGUGUUGGUGAUCUGAGCUAUAUUCAAAUAUGGCACGAUAACUCAGGUUCCUCGCCAUCUUGGUAUCUCAGUCGGUUGACCAUAAAAGAUCUUCAAACAGGUGUAACAUGGACUAUGGUUUGUGAAAAUUGGUUGGCUGUUGAAUCAGAGGACGGGAAAGUUUGUCGAAUACUGUCUGUGGCCAACGAAGAGGAAUUGACAAGCUUCAAUCAUGUCUUCUCGAAAAAAGCAAUCAAAGGUCUUGCAGAUGGCCAUAUAUGGAUUUCCAUUGUAUCCAGACCUCCCACAAGCAAUUUCACGCGCGUCCAACGUCUCUCAUGCGCUCUUUGCUUGCUGUGUUGCACGAUGAUUACGAGCGCAAUGUUCUAUAACAUGGGAGGUCAGGGUCCAAGUCCUUUCGCUGUUCAAAUAGGUUCGAUGGUUAUCGACCUAAAGCCGUUCGUGAUUGGUCUGCAGAGCAGCAUCAUCAUUGUCCCAGUGAAUGUGUUAAUCGUGCAGAUUUUUCGCAAUCUCCGGCCGAAAAAAGAAAAACCUGAAAAAACAACCGUUUCCGAGGAAGAGGGAAACGACGAAGAGGAAGGCGCAAUAAAAAGGAAUGAUACAGUCGAAGGAGUUCAAAUUGAAAACCAAACUUCACCAAAAGGCAAACUUCCAUAUUGUUUUAUCUACAUGGCCUACGCGAUUUGUUACCUCGCGUCUGCCGCUUCGAUAUUUUUCACAUUGCUCUACAGCAUUCAGUGGGGAGAGGAAACUUCAACAGAAUGGGUGAUUGCCAUGGUUACAUCAUUUUUCCAAUCAGUGUUGCUUCUUCAACCAAUCAAAGUGGUUGUUGCUGCUGUCGUGUUUGCGUUGUUUAUCAAGAAAGCAGAUGACAGCGAGGAGACUGGUGACGAGGGACUUGUGGUCAAUAAACCUGACGUGGAGGAAAAACAGUUGGCUGAACGAAACUUGGCAGAACUGAAACGGAAGAUGGGAGCAAUUGGCAAUCCAAUAGGGAAAGUAAAAAAAUAUUACAGUCCUCCAAGUCCGGCCAAGCUGCGGAAAGCGAGAGAAAAACGUCUGAAAGAGAUCAAGAUGAACGCUGCCUUGAAAGAGAUGUUUGCUUUCUUUGUAUUUCUGAUAUUGCUGAUGGCCGUAGCCCAAUACCACAGACAUCCAGACACGUUUUUAUUAACGAAAACUUUGUACGAGACUUUCGAAGAAGUUGACGCCUAUGGACUUGAUCUAUCGACAAUCUCUGACACAGAUUCCUUAUGGAUGUGGGCACGUGAAACGCUCGUUCCUGGACUUUACGCAAAAGAGUGGUAUAACGGUGAGGAAAUACCGAAAGGAUGGCUGGGGAAUAUUCACGAUUAUCUCGUGGGUGUCCCGCGUGUAAGAUUACUUCGCGUGGAGAAGGAUUCGUGCCCAGUGUCCAGCUACUUCAAAGACAUAAUCCCCCAUUGCUACAGUGGAUAUGCCCUGAGCGAUGAGGAAGAUGAGUCUUAUGAGGUAAGCUGGAAACCACUAGGAAAGGGAACCUCCCGAAAACGUCGCGAUAUUGCAGGGCCUAAGACUGAGUCGGAAUGGUCGAAACUUUUGCUCAAUGGGAACGAAGUGGAAUAUGGACACGUGCAGAAUAUUCGGCAUAAAAGAGCACUGGAUCCAAUCAUGGGGAGUCUGAGCGGCAAAAAACGAAGAAAGAAGAAGCGUUUGCUGGCCAGCGCUCAACCAAAGGAGUAUGUUGUGAACGACAAUGCAUUGUUACCAGAUGGUAGAGUUUUGUCGUGUCUUGAAAGAUGGAAACAUCAAUCAAUGAUAGAUCUUCGAGGUUUUCCAUACUGGGGUACAAUCACUAUGUACAGCGGUAGCGGCUACGCAGCAAACCUUGGUUAUGACACUGUCACUGCUUACACUGUGGUUGCUGACUUGCAUUCGAACGGCUGGAUUGAUAUCCAAACACGUGCUGUGUUUGUAGAGUUCACCGUAUACAACGCGAAUGCAAACCUAUUUGGCAUCGUUUCGCUCUUUGUAGAAUUUCCACAAUCUUCGGCUGCCAUCACCAGUGCCCAGUAUCAAGCUGCGCGGUUUUAUCUUCACCUCAGUGGCGCCCAGACUCUGGCUCAUGUCCUGGUCAUCUUCUUCAUGAUGUAUUUUCUCUUCAGGGAAGGGAAACUCGUUUACAAACAGCGCUGGUCUUACUUCAAAGGCUUCUGGAAUUGGGUUGAAGUCAUCCUCAUUGUCAGUGAAUUCCUAUUGAUCGUCUUAUUCCUGGCACGUCUCUACGAAGUUGACAGAAAUCUUCUUCAGCUACGAGAAUCCGUUCAACAAAAACUUCCUGUCAUCGGGAAAACAUUGGAGAGAAUAAGCUCGCCUAUUUUGAAUUUCUGUUUGCCGUUUAUCGCAGGAUUCCUCGCGUUUGCCCUUCUCGCCUUCGCUAUGUUCGGUUCUGAACUUGAAGAUUACAGCUCGUUCAUGAGGUCAAUGGUGGCUCAAUUUAGCAUGCUCUUGGGAGAUUUUGACUUCGAAGCCAUCUUCAUGGUCAACCCCACCGUAGCAACACUGUAUUUCUUUUCUUCAUUGGUCGUCAAAAAAAGAUUUAGGCGUGGUAAAGUGGUACUUGUUAAAAAGAAACAAAAAUCAUUAAAGCCGAAGAAAAGUGAAAAGGCUUCUUACAAGAAGGCGUGUUCCAUGCUGGAUUCUCGUGCAAAGAAGUUGGAUCUUUUUCUGGAAAUUAUUGACCAAAGUUUGGGCGAGGAUAAGCUGGAAGAGAAACGAUUUUUUUCCGUGCCAAAGGACAAGCAACAGGAUUUAUUCUUCCGCGUUUUGUGUUUGAUGGAAAAUAUACUGGAUGAUGAUGAUGAUGAUGAUGAUGUGGAUGUGGAAGAAAGCGAAGAAUAUGAAGACAGUGAAUACGAGCGCAGAUCACAUUCCAGUGACGACGACUAG